AUGUCAACUAAAAGAUCCACUAAACGUCCACAACGCAGUAAUAGUCGAAAAGAAGUUGCUCACAAAUCUUCUUUGGAAGAAUCUAGAGAAUUGCUACACACAUUUCACGUACCAGAUGUCAUCUUAAAAAGAGAAAAUGAAUGUGCUGCAAUCAGAAAAUUUAUUAGAGAUGGAAUUAAGACAAAUUCAAAUGUGUUUUCUCGUGUUUUGUGUAUUAGUGGAGUACCUGGGACUGGCAAAACAGCAUCGGUUCUAUGGGUUGUUGAAUCCCUUAGAAAGACUCAAAAAUUUGAUUUCAAAAACAUUAAUGGUUUGGAAUUGUCUGACCCAAAAGAACUUUUUGUUCAGCUAUAUCGUGUUGUAAUGUCUGGAAUAACUGGAGCAAGAAAGAAAAUUACUCCUCGAGAAGCUCAAAAUCUUUUAAAUGAUUAUUUUACUGGUAAUGAAACCAAAAGAAGGAAAGCAAUUGUUGUUCUUAUUGAUGAGGUAGACAUGCUGCAUACAAAACGUGAAGACGUAAUUUAUGCAAUAUUCAAUUGGGCAGCCGAAAAACAAUCAAGAUUUUGUGUGAUUGCAAUUUCAAAUACUCUUGACCUUGCAGAAAGACAAUUUUCACAAAGAAUCGUCAGUCGAAUGGGGAGCAAUCGUCUUGCAUUCCAGCCAUAUGAAUUUAAAGAUAUUGAAGAAAUAUUAAAACACAGACUUGGGGAAUGUAAAGCUAUAGGUCCUGGAACGAUUCCAUUGGCUUCUAAAAAGCCUCCGUUUCUGGUGACUUGAGGAAAGCUUUUGAUUUG